AACUACACUCCCCAGAAAGCUCUGCGCGCCCGGUUCGCUGCGGUUGCUCACGGCCAAUCGGGAGAGGCAACUGUGGCGGGGGCCGAGGAGGGACAUUUUAAAAGGGCUGGAGAUUGCGGGCGUCAGUGGCCAUGGCGGAUACAGCAACCACAGCCUCGGCGGCGUCCGCGGCGUCCAGUGCCCCGAACGCCUCCACAGAUGCACCCCCUUUCCAGCUGGGCAAGCCCCGCUUCCAGCAGACAUCCUUCUACGGUCGCUUCAGGCACUUCUUGGACAUCAUCGAUCCUCGAACACUCUUUGUCACUGAGAAACGUCUCAGGGAGGCUGUACAACUGCUGGAGGAUUACAAGCAUGGCACCCUGCGCCCAGGAGUUACCAACGAACAGCUCUGGAGUGCACAGAAAAUCAAACAGGCUAUCCUACACCCGGACACCAACGAAAAGAUCUUCAUGCCUUUCAGAAUGUCAGGUUACAUUCCUUUCGGGACGCCAAUUGUGGUGGGACUUCUCUUGCCUAACCAGACGCUGGCAUCCACUGUCUUCUGGCAGUGGCUGAACCAGAGCCAUAACGCCUGUGUCAACUAUGCAAACCGCAAUGCUACCAAGCCUUCACCUGCAUCCAAGUUCAUCCAGGGCUACCUGGGAGCUGUCAUCAGUGCUGUUUCCAUUGCUGUGGGCCUUAAUGUGCUGGUUCAGAAAGCAAACAAGUUCACUCCAGCCACUCGCCUUCUCGUGCAGAGAUUUGUACCCUUCCCUGCAGUAGCCAGUGCCAAUAUCUGCAACGUGGUCCUGAUGCGGUAUGGGGAGUUAGAGGAAGGGAUUGAUGUCCUGGAUGCUGAUGGCAACCUCGUGGGCUCCUCAAAGAUCGCAGCCAGACACGCCCUGCUGGAGACAGCUCUGACACGUGUGGUUCUGCCUAUGCCCAUUCUGGUGCUUCCUCCAAUCGUCAUGUCCAUGCUGGAGAAGACAGCUCUCUUGCAAGCACGUCCGCGGCUACUCCUACCUGUGCAUAGCCUCGUGUGCCUGGCAGCCUUCGGCCUGGCCCUGCCGCUGGCCAUCAGCCUUUUCCCGCAGAUGUCAGAGAUCGAAACCUCCCAGUUGGAGCCUGAGAUAGCCCGGGCUACCAGCAGCCGGACAGUGGUGUACAAUAAGGGGCUGUGAGUGAAGACCAGCCGGCCUGGGCACACACCACUCUCCAGGCCGGGCAUUCGGGGUGGGGAGAGAAGUCUAGUGAGCCGUAUCUGCAGGGAGGGGCUGCCUGGAGAGCAGCCAACCUCCGUCAGUAGGGAGACUAACCAUUCACAUUUUAACAUAGGGAGAGGGAUUCUGACACAUUUCCUACACAAAAAGAACCAAGUGCAUCUCUGGGCCUUACAUGGGGUCAGCUAAACUCCACUCAGCACAAUUUCCUGUGAGCUAAAGAACAGUGGAGUGCUUCUGGGGUAGAAGGAGAACCUUUUAUAUGUUCCUUUUUUUUUUUGGUUUGGUUUAAUUUUUUUUUUUUUUUUAUUAGAAGCAAGUCUGAGCCUUGGUUGCAGCUGACCAAAAGCAGCAGGAGGACAGGUGGUGGGAGUCAGAGGAGCCUGGGAACUGGUUUGGAUUGAUGGGAGGGAAGUAUAAUGGUUAGGCCUGGUGGGCCCCUCGGGUUAGAGAAGGGAAGGGAAGGGAUGAACCAGCCAUAACCAAGGUUCUCAGGAAUUGGCUCCCUCUAUCAAAGAGCACUAGAGACCCCUGGAAGAUUCCGGGAACACCAGGCUCUGAAUGUACCCAGCUCCCACCCACCCCACAGCUGAGGGAAAGUCAGAGACCCCAGGCACGGGUCAUCUUUCAUGGAGCUCUUAUUGAUUCCAGGUCCCUGAGAGCACCCCAGCUGUAGUCAGGGAUCCCCAAGAAAGAACACUGUUCUGUGGGAACAAGGAGAGAGGACCCUGCCUGGGCUUUGCAGGAGGGUUCUUUUCCAUGAGUAGCUAGAGUUCCCUACGGGGACAAAGGUGGGCUGAGCCCACUGUGAUCCAGUCUGCAGCCACUGGAGCUGUUUGUCACACCCCACACCUUUCUGCAAAAGAGGAGUCUCCUGCCUGAGGGUGCGAGGCCGGAUCCUUGGCAACUGCCCGAGAGGUCACCUCAGCAAUGGUCAAGCCACCCACAUCUCUGAUCUUCUAUUCCCUGCCUGGAAGCCAAGGACUGAACUGGGGUCUCCCCCCACCCCAAGCCUGGGGCUCCUCUCUACCUGCUUCACUCAGAUGUGCACAUUCCAGGCAUAUCUAAAGUGGAUUCUGGACUGGAAAGUGCAUCAGGCCCUUCAGGAAAUGGCCAGCACUUAGCCUACAAAAGGACCUUACCCUUCUGUAUGGACUCCCCCACAUCCUAAAAAAAACCUUGACUUGUGCCAAACCCUUCCUGGCUGUGGAGGAGGCAGUAUGGAUGCCUGAGCUGAGCGUAGGGGUCACACCACAUGCCCUUCUUCACGGCUGCAGACUUGGGGCCUCUUGCUGAUGGCUCCUGGCUCCAUCUCAUCAUGCGUAGGCUAUAGAGGAAGAGAUAGCUCUACCUAAGGAGGCAGGGUGAGGCUGAACAGGGUGACUCCUGGUCCAAAGGAUCCACAGAGAGGAGAUAACACUGAUCUUUACACAGCCCUCAUCUGUCCACACUAGGAUGGGAGCCCUGGCUUGUGACCCUGGAACCCGACUUGGGAGGGGUCAGGCUGAAGAUCAACCUGUAUGGUUGCAGUAAAAGGCUGGCAUGGGGCAGCAAAGACAAGGUCACAGGUUCCCUGCCAGUAUCUUAAGCCAGGUGUAGCUGCAGCAAGAUAGGCUGAGCAUGGGUAUUGGUCUCCAGGCCUUGGCUGGAGACUAGAUCUGUCUGGAGCCUCUUUCAAAAAGUUCAUUCUCAGCAUUUUUUUUUUUUUUUUUUUUUUUGUCUCCGCUUGUCCUGGAGCCUUGUCCUUGUGCAUUUAUCUUGGGACCAAAACCACCCUCACCCAGGCCUGCCUGCUCCAGAGGCUCUUCCAGCUCUCCCUCUGUGCUGGCUGUCCCUGUGGCCUCAGUACCCCUCGUAGGUGUGUUUUGUGUGUGGAGUGAUUUCUGCCACGCUCCAAUACACCCUGAGUCCAGGUGAGCUGAGGGGCAGCUCCUUUGGAUUUGCUGUGACACAUGGUCCUUGUGGCCAACAGUGAUGGUGGCUGAGUGUCUUGAGCCAUGCUGUUAAACCCUGUUCUGUCUUCAUAAAAAUCCAUAAGGGACGCUUUCUGUGAAUGCACACGUCCCUAUUUGCUGAGGCUAGGGGACAGAAAGAGGCCUGGAGGAAAGGUGGCAGAUGACCUCUCGUUGGGUGUGGUUUUGCCAGCCAAAUCUACAGCAGGCUCUCCAGCCCUGAUGUUCCUGGCCAACUCUCCUCUGAUAACUUUUAAACAUUCCCUGAAGGAUGCUCUUCCAUCUCUGGAAAGCAAUUUGAGAGUACAGGAACCAGAAGUCCAAGAUGCCAAAAUGGCCAUUGAACCAAGAUGUCUGUGCUCUGUCUCACUUCCUAAUUGUGGCUGUCUUAUGAAAGUCUCUGACCUGGGGAAGGGUGGAGCACUGAGGAGAGGAGCCAGUGGGAGGCAGGCCCAUGCUAAGCUUCCAGCCUUGGGCAGGUAUGAGUGAGGCUCAACACGCAUGCCUCAGCAUACCUAGGGACUUCAGACUGUCUUUUUAACCUCAGAAAAUGUCUCAAUGUAUGUGAUUUAUGUCAUACUAAUGGGCUGUGGGCAAUAAACAUGAAUUUAAAACA